UGGGCCAUUGGCUCCUUUUUUUUUUUGUGCUUUGCACGUGGACGGCGAUGCGCCUGCCGCUCGACAAGUUGCCGAGCUUCUGUUGACUUGGAUCGGACAUGGCGGAGGGAGACUUUUACACCGUUGGCGGGCGACAGAGGUUCCCGCGCGACCCCUUUGGCGACUCGAUGGCCUCACGCUUCCUGGCGGAGGACGACUUUGGCAUGCCGUCCUUCCCGGACGACCUGUCCAUGGACUGGCCCGGAUGGGCCCGGCCGGGCCGGCUGAGCUCCCGCCUCGGCUCGUCGACGCCGCCCUUCGGGAGCGGCCUGCGGGCGACCUUCCCGGAACGCCGGCGGUCCCAACCGGGGCCGUCGCUGUUCGGCUGUUACGGGGAGCCCUCCCCCGCCGCCUGCCCUGCCGCCGCCGCAGGGGACCCGUGGAAAGUGUGCGUCAACGUGCACAGCUUCAUGGCCCACGAGCUCAACAUCAAAACCAAGGAGGGAUUCGUGGAAGUGUCAGGAAAACAUGAAGAGAAGCAGGAGGAAGGAGGAAUCGUCACAAAGAAUUUCACCAAGAAGAUCCAGAUCCCGACGGACGUGGACCCCUUGACGGUGUUCGCCUCGCUCUCUCCCGAGGGCGUGCUCAUCAUCGAAGCUCGCCAGACGCCGCCGUAUUACCUCUUCAGCGACGACGCGCCCCCGCCGCCGCCGCCGCCUCCACCCGAGGAGGACGCCGACCCCGCCCUGAAGCUCCAAGAGGGGGCGGUGCACUAGACAAGUGCCGCCCACUCUCUUCUUUACCUCCAUUGUAGCAGAUGAUAGGAAUUUUUUUUGGGGUUUUUUUGUUUUUUUUAAUGAGUUUUGCGUGUGAGGCAUUGCACAAUUGCGUUGCGCAAUACUAUGACAUCACUCAAGGAAUCGAGACGGACAUUUUGGCGCCACGCCUUGCUCUCAAUGUGUAAAAGUGAAAAAAAAAAAAAAAAAAAAGGAAAAAUAUUAACAACAAAUUCUCCGAAAGAUCAACCAGUCAAAUCGGCCCCCGGCCAAUUCAUCAGUUUUCUUUUUGCUUAAACGCUGGAGAAAAAGGACCCCCCCCCCCCCGCACCCCCCACCUCUCCCGUUGUUGUGUGCGCUCUUUUGUAAAUAGAAUUUAUCUGGAUUGUUCAUUGGGAAUGUGGAGUGUUUUUUUUUUCUAUGUGCCGUUUUUUUUUCUGUUGCAAUAAAAGAUGUCGUCCGGCU